AUGCCGACGACGACGACGGCAGCAGCAUGCCGCCGUCGCCUCCUCCUCCUCCUAUCCAGCUACGAUCGCACACCGACGGCGUUGAUUUUCGUCGCGCUGCUGGUGCUGGCGGCGGCGCCGGAGUUCUCUGGCGCGCAGGAAGGCGGCGAAUCAUCGGCGGAGUAUCUGCUGAAAUUCAAAAGCUCCCUAGCGAACGCGGAUCCGUCCCUCAACAAUUGGGACUCGACGGCGUCGACGCCGUGCUCGGGGAACCAGGGCAACUGGAUCGGCGUUCUGUGCUUCAACGGCUACGUUUGGGGGCUGCAGCUGGAGAAUAUGAACCUCAAGGGCCAAAUCGACGUCAAUUCUCUCACGCCGCUCCGUUUUCUGAGGACGCUUAGCUUCAUGAACAACGGUUUCGAAGGCACUAUGCCGGAUUGGAGAAAGCUCGGUGCUCUGAAAACGCUGUAUUUGUCCAACAAUCAAUUCUCCGGCCAGAUCUCGGAGGAUGCGUUCAAAGGCAUGACUUCUCUGAAGAAGGUUCAUCUGGCGAACAACAAAUUCACCGGUCCUAUUCCGUCGUCUCUCGAAUCGCCCAAGCUCAUCGAGUUGCGGCUUGAGAACAACCAAUUCACCGGCGGCAUACCGGCGAUUAGCUCCGACAAUCUCCGACUCCUCAAUGUUUCUAACAAUCAAUUGGUGGGCCCCAUACCUGCAGCUCUCAGCAAAAUGGACCCCACCUCCUUCUCAGGCAACAAAGGGUUGUGUGGGAAGCCGUUGGAAGCAGCAUGCGACCCCCCAAUCCCCCCACCGGACUUGGAGCCAACUCUUCUCUCUCCUCCAACCACAUCUCCGGCAGCCGACGCUACAAACGAGAAAUCUCCCUCGUCUCCAUCGAGAAUCGCGAUAAUCAUAAUCUCCGUAUUAAUUGCAUUGUUUCUGAUCGUGCUGCUAUUUCUCGUGUACCGGAGGAGCCGCGAUGACCAGACACCGCAGCUCGGGAGGGAACUCCCACCUCAAGAGCCGCACGAGGAUAAAAAAACUCUGCCAGCUGCCGCAGCAGCAGCAGCAUCAGUUGUCGCAGCAGCCGGCGAACAACAACAACAGCAACAACAACAAUCGGGUAAACUCUCCUUCGUCAGAGACGACAGGCAGAAGUUCGACCUGCAGGACCUGAUGAGAGCAUCCGCGGAAGUAUUGGGAAGCGGUAACUUCGGCGCCUCCUACAAGGCGGUGCUGGUUGACGGGGAAGCCCUCGUGGUCAAGAGGUUCAAGCUGAUGAACAACGUUGCCAGGGAAGACUUCCACGAGCACAUGAGGAGACUCGGGAGGCUGAGCCACCCGAAUCUGCUCCCGCUCGUCGCGUACUUGUAUCGUAAGGAGGAGAAGCUGCUGGUUUUCGACUAUAUAAAUAACGGAAGUUUGGCCUCUCACCUCCACGGCAAGCAUUCCCCCGACCAACAGGGCCUCAGUUGGGCUAACCGGUUGAAAAUCGUCAGGGGAGUGGCUAAGGGGCUCGCUUACCUCCAGAGCGAACUCCCUACCUUGACCGUCGCGCACGGGCAUUUGAAAUCGUCCAACAUUCUUCUCGACAACGAAUUCAACCCUUUGCUCAUGGACUACUCUCUCGUGCCGGUGGUCAACCCCAGCCAGGUCAACCAGAUCUUGGUGGCGUACAAGUCCCCGGAGUACGCCAGAAACGGCGUCACUUGCAGGAAAACGGACGUCUGGUGCUUGGGGGUGUUGAUACUGGAGACGCUUACGGGGAGGUACGUGGCAAACUACCUCGGACAAGGUUGCGGCAAGUACGGCGCGGAUUUAGCUGGAUGGAUCAAAACCAUCGUUGAGGAAAACGUCGAGAGUUUCGACAAGGAAAUGGAAAUUAGCAGCUGCAGAGUCGAGACGGAGAAGCUUUUGCAGAUCGGGAUAAGUUGCUGCGAAGAGGACCCGGACAAGAGGUGGGAUUUGGAGGAGGCACUUCGCCAGAUUGAACAAGUACAAGAUUCGUCAUCUAAUUAAUACAUGAUCAAUACAUAUAUAGUUUCAAAAAAAAAAAAAAACCAAGAAAAUUUGCGUGUAUCGAAUUAUAUAUACCCUUGAUUAAUUUUUGACAUCAAUUUCCUUUUUUCUUUUUUUCUUCUUUUUCCUUUUUCUUUCAAGAAAUUUGUUUUGGAGUCGUCAGUUGUUAAUUUGUGUACAGAUUGAGUUUCCAUUAAUUUGAUCUACGUGGUGUUAUAUUUAGGAGCAGAUAUAAUUAAUUUUUGACAGCAGUGUGUGGCCUUGUACAAGCUUAAGCUAGAGUGUUGUGCUUGGAUAGGGGAAAUUAACACAUGCUGUUUA